AUGGCUUCAUUUAUCUUUUCCACCGUUCCCUCAGCCACCGAAGUCACCACCAACAACUUCUCCCAUUCCUCGAUAUUUUCCGAAACUUCCUCUCACCGAUUCAAAUAUACUCAUGAAAACCAAACCCAUCGUUUCAAAGUCUCAUGCAACACAACCUCAGACGACAAAUAUGAUACACUGCAAACAUCACUUGACAAGAAGAAUGUAGACCGGAGAAACUUGCUUCUGGGGCUCGGUGGAACUCUCUACGGUGCCGCCAACUUGACCUUCCUCCCGUCCGCCUUCUCGGUUCCCAUUGCUGCUCCCAAUGUUUCAGACUGUGCUAUUGCCAGUAAAGGUAUACACAACAUCAAAGAUGCUGUAAGGGGGGUAGCUUGUUGCCCACCAGUACUGACACUAAAUUCCCCAAAAGAUUACGUCUUCCCAAAGGAGACCGCUGUUCGUAUCCGUCCGGCAGCACAAAGAGCCUCUGACGAUUACAUUGACAAGUAUAAAGCAGCAAUGAAGGCCAUGAGGGAUCUCCCAGAUGACCACCCACACAGUUUCAAGCAACAAGCUAAGAUCCAUUGCGCUUAUUGCAAUGGCUCUUACACUCAAAAAGAGAGUGGUAAGGAAUAUGAAAACAUCACACUCCAGAUUCAUAACUCGUGGCUCUUCUUUCCUUUCCACCGGUGGUACCUCUAUUUCUACGAGAGGAUAUUGGGAAAGUUGAUUGAUGAACCAAGUUUCGCGAUACCAUACUGGAAUUGGGACAACCCCACCGGAAUGAUAAUCCCUGACUUGUUUGAAAAACCCAUCCAAGUAAGGGAACGCAAAGAAAACCCCGUCUUUGACGCUUACAGGGAUGCUAGACACCUCCCACCAGCUCUGGUUGAUAUCGAUUAUAACGGUGAAGACCGUGGCGUUUCAUGUAUAGACCAAAUAACAAUUAAUUUGUCUGCAAUGUAUAAGCAGAUGAUCAGUAAUGCUAGUGACCCAACAAGCUUCUUUGGUGGCAGAUACGUCGCUGGGAUGGACCACGACGACAAAAAUAGUCAUGGAAGUCCAUCGGUUGGCUCCAUAGAAGCUGGUUGUCACACAGCGGUGCACCGAUGGGUGGCUGAUCCUCGGAUGCCGAACAAUGAGGACAUGGGAAACUUCUACUCCGCAGGGUAUGAUCCUAUCUUUUAUGCUCACCACGCCAAUGUUGACCGGAUGUGGAAAAUCUGGAAAGAGUUGGGUAUCAGGGGACACCGUGAACCAACCGACAAGGACUGGCUAGAUGCAUCAUACGUGUUUUACGAUGAGAAUGAAGAACUUGUACGUGUCUACAACCGAGACUGUGUGGAUUUGAAUAAGCUUAACUACGACUAUGAAACAUCCCGUAUCCCGUGGGCCAGAAAUCGGCCGAUCCCACGUGCUAAGAAUCCUCAAAUUGCAAAAAGGUCGGCUCGAAUGGGGAGGGGGUUCCACGACGUGCAAUUUCCGGUGAAGUUAGACGGGAUAGUAAAGGUGCUAGUGAAAAGACCUUAUGCAAACAGGACUAAGGAGGAGAAGGAGAACGCAAAUGAGAUAUUGAUGUUGAAUGGAAUUUGUUUUGAUAGCGAGAAGUUUGUCAAGUUUGAUGUGUAUGUGGAUGACAAGGACGAUGAACCAGAAACCACUGCGGCUGAUAGCGAGUUUGCAGGUAGCUUUGCGCAGUUGCCUCACCAUCAAUCAGGUGACAAGAUGUUCAUGACAAGUGCCGCGAGAUUCGGGUUAACAGAGUUGUUGGAGGACAUUGAAGCUGAAGAUGAUGACUCUAUUAUGGUGACUUUGGUUCCUAGGACAGGGUCCGAUGAUAUCACAAUUUCAGAGAUCAAGAUUGAGCUGGUCCCCAUCGUUUGA